AUGGAUAUGCAAUUCCCCGUGUUUCCUGAGGAUGAAUUUGUCCUCUACGCCACCCUCUUGGCCAUCCCAAAUGGUGGUGACAAACUCGAACAUCAUCUUCGCCGCCUUGUCAGGUUGACGCUUAGUGAACCCGGAACUCUCGAUUAUGUGAUCGCGCGCGAUGUCGAAAACACCGAUAUUUUCCACGUUUACGAGAAAUACACCGGCCGCGAAGCCUUCGAGAAGCAUAUUACUGGCCAAGAAUUCAAAGAUUUCGCCGCCGCUGGGCUCCUCGCGAGGCCACCGGCACCGAAGGCGCUCAAGCCACUUCAACCUCUGUAG